AUGACUCCAUCUCGCAUUGUAGUGAUCGGUGGCUCUUACGGCGGCCUAGCAACCAUUCAAAACAUUAUUGGGCUGCUGCAAGGAAGAGGACUGCUUCCGUCUCCGAUCCAGCAGAAGAUACCGGAAAUUUUACCUCUCCUGAGGCCACGCAUCACACUUUUAGAUAAACGGGAUGGGUUUUUUCAUACGAUGGGUGCUCCACUGGCCUUGACGGACCAGACCUAUGCCACAAAAGCUUGGACAUUGUAUAGAGACUGCAAUUUUCAGCAGUCAGGAGUUCAGUUUAUCCACGCUCGAGUGUUGUCCGUCAACCCGGACGAAAAGGUUGUGAAGUACCAGGACUUGGACAUGCGAUCGGAUACCCCCAGAGAAAUCUGCUAUGAUUUCCUGGUGACAGCUACUGGUACCUACAGACCUUCUCCGGUGGUUCCAGAUCAGUACACAAAACAGAAGUAUUUAGUGAGAAAUGGCGAACAUUUCAGGGAUCUUCAUGCAGUGGACGCACCGGUCAUAGUUGUCGGAGGAGGAGCCGUCGGCGUUGAGACGGCUGCCGAGAUGGCCCGUGCUUACCCUUCGAAGCGGGUUAUACUUGUUCAUUCCCGGCAGGAGCUCUUGUCGUCGGAGCCGUUACCCGCCGAGUACAAGAAUCGUGUCAAAUUUUUGUUGCAGCAAGCUAACAUAGAUUUAUACAUGGGGCGGCGAUUCAUCGACCAGACUCGAGUAUCCACUGACAAUGGCAAGUGUUCUGUGCGAGUGACCUUAUCGUCGGGCGAAGUCAUACAAGGCAGUACAACCAUAUUUUGCUUCGGCAGAGAAACCCCAAAUACAGAGUUUCUCCCACUGGAUUUUGUGAAUGAUGAGGGUUUUGUGGUGAUCAACCCAGAUCUUUCUUUUGCUGGACCGGGCCCGAACGCCCCCGACCACUUUGCGGUUGGAGAUGCUGCUUUGUGGAAUGGCAUUAAAAGUGUCGGUGGCGCAUUAUUCAUGGGACAGUGUGCGGCAAUCAAUAUUGUCGGCCGCAUCGGUGCACGAAAUGCGCACGAUAGGGCAUAUCAACUCAAACCGGUAGAAAUCCCAUCUUUUCCGCUACUCAUGUAUCUCGCCGUUGGAAAAAGUGCCGUGUCGCUAGAGCCGGAUGGGUCGGUCCGGAGUGGUUGCGAUAUCCACGACAUGUUUUUCGGUGAGGACUUGGGGCUACAGACCUUGGAAUACAUCAAUCAAUGA